AUGGAUACCGAUCACAGGGCCAAAGGCCCGCGAGCGUGUACGACCUGCGCCAAGGCUAAGGCGAGGUGUAUCUCGGGCCCGGAUGGAAGUAACAAAUGCGAACGAUGCCACAGGCUCCGCAAGCCGUGCGGUUCGCAGACCCCUGCGCCGCCCAGGGCGAAGAAGGAACCCAAGCCUACCAAAGUCUCUGAGCUGGAGAAGAGGCUGGAUGAGUUGACGACGCAGUUGAGCGCGACGACGCAGCAGCCGCAUCAGGGCGGUGUUGGUGUUGGUGGCAGGAGGAGCAGCGAGGUCGCGACGACCGUCGCCAACGGGACCGUCGUCGGGAGCGCAAACUCGCCGCUUCCGCCUAGCGGUAGCAUCGCGCCGGCGUCGGCUAGGAUCCCGAUCAACUGCGAUCACCUUUUCCCGCCAGAGGAGGUCAUCGUCGUCGGGGGCGAGGGGGGGUGGUCCGACACGUCGCCUGCGCCGAGUGCGUCUACGGCGGAUGAUCACCAUACGGUCGGGAGCAGCCAAACCGACAACGGCGGCGCCUCGGGGAUGGGGUCCGCGUCUACAGCACCGAACGAGUCACCCUGGCCGCUGAACAACGAGCAGAGUAAAGUUCUUCAAGUAUUUCUGGACGACAUGCAGCCGCUGUACCCCUUUGUCAUUGUACCCCCUCACAUGAGCCCUACGCAGCUGGCCGCCGAGAGGCCGUUCCUAUGGAAGGGCAUUAUGAUGACGGCGUGCCACUUGGACGCGACGAAGCAGGUUCUGCUAGGGGAAGAGCUGUUGCAGGAUAUCGUGCAGGCGGCGUUCAUGAAGCCCAAAAAGAGCCUGGACGUGCUGCAGGGGCUGCAGCUCCUGAUUGCAUGGUAUCACUACAACAUCAACAGUUACCAGCUCACGAACCUGCUGUUCCUGGCGCGGUCGAUGUGCAAGCCUGAGAGUGAGGCGAGGAAGGUGCAGACGCCGGAGCAGAUUUCGGCGCAGUUGGAGCUGAUGAGGGCUUUUGCUGGAUGUUAUUACCUCAACACACUCGUCUUCACGACGAAUAAGCGGCCAGACGCCUUUAUGAACACGACGUACCUCGAGUCUUGCUGCCGACAGAUUGAGGAGGCGGCGGAGUACCCCAGCGACGCGCUCCUGGUACACCUCUUCAAGAUUCAGCAACUCGCGCAGACAAUUUCUCUCACGCUCGGGACGGAGAGCACGAGCUUCCAGUCACUGCAGCUGCCCCUGACCAUGGUCGUCCAGAGUUUCCAGCAGCAGCUCGACAUCUUCAAGACGUCGCUGCCGGAGCAUCUCAAAGACAAUGUCGGCCUCCUCGCGCACAUCAGCAUAGCGCAAGUCCUCCUCUACGAAAUCGGCAUCCCCGAAGCCCGGGGGCCGGCCUCCUUCAUCUCCCUCACGGAACGCCUCGAGCUCCUCUGGGGCUGCUGCAGCGCCGCCAAACAGUUUCUCGAGAUCCGCUUCCCGCGCAACCACCUCAGCUUGCAGCCGCGCUUCACCUGCCUCAGCUCAUCGGAUUUCCUGUACGUCUUCAUCGUGUGCCUGAAGCUCAUGACGCUCGACCAGGUGCCCGGGUGGGACUUGCCGCUGGUGCAGAAGCACCUCGACCUCGGCGGGGUUGUCGAGAGCCAGGUCGCGCACUUGGAGGUUUUUGUGGCGCAUCGGAGUGGGAAGUUUAGGAGGGCGGCGGCGGAUGCGGCUGCUGCGAGGGGGGAAGAAGAAGCGACUGGUCCAGCGACGGAUGUGCCGGGCCCGAAGGUGGUUGAUCCGUUCGUGAGGCUGACGGAGAUGCUGCGGUAUUUCAAGGAUAUCGUCAAGGGCGAGCUGUGCGGUCUCAAGUCGCAGCCGGCGAUCCAGGAGCCGAUUCAGUUGCCUGCCAACUUGUCGGACGGGACGCAGGCCAUGAUUCGGGAUCUGGAUGCGUCGUUUUGGACGGGCGUGCUUGGAGAGGAUGCUGCUGGGACGUGGGAUGUCGGGAGUAUGUUCCCUUCCAUGGAUUGGACUGCCACCUAA